UCUCUCUGCAUGUGCUCCCCAAUCACAUAGUCCUGCUUUAAAUAAAAUAAUCCACACCGUCCAUUCCUUUACACCCUCCAAUAUAAAUUCCUCAAAUUCUCUCCAAUUAAUACCCCUCCCUCCCUCUUUUAUUUCUUGUCAGAGAUCAAUUUCUGCUAAUCCUUUUCUUUUUAGUACUAAUCAGCAUUUAAAUAUUCUAAGCGAUCGAUCGAGGUUAGUUAAUCACGUACAUCGCAAUGGGUGAAGAAGCUAAAAAGGAGGAAGAGAAAAAGGAAGAAGAGGCGAAGAAAGACGAGAGCACUAUUGCCGAAGAAAAGAAAGAAGAGAAAGCUGACGAGACUAAGAAAGAAGACACGAAACCACCGUCGCCUUUCGUUUUGUUUAUGGACUUGCAUUGUGUGGGAUGUGCAAAGAAGAUUGAGAGGUCCAUUCUUAAGAUUAGAGGAGUGGAGGGAGUGUCGUUCGACAUGAAGAAGAAUGAGGUGACUAUAAAAGGAGUUGUGGAGCCACAAGCUGUGUGCAAUAGAAUCAUGAAGAAAACUAAGAGGAGUGCUAAAGUUUUGUCUCCUUUGCCUGUAGCUGAAGGUGAACCUUUGCCUCAAGUUGUUGCCUCACAGGUUAGUGGAUUAGCUACCGUGGAGCUUAACGUGAACAUGCAUUGUGAGGCCUGUGCGCAACAGCUCAAAAAGAAGAUACUUAAAAUGAAAGGAGUUAGUACUGUAGAGACGGAAUUAAGUUCGAGUAAAGUUACGGUGACGGGAACAAUGGACGCCGAUAUGCUCGUGGAGUACGUGUACCGGCGUACGAGAAAGCAGGCGAAGAUUGUGCCGCAGCCGGAACCGGAGAAGCCGCCGGAGGAGGAGAAAAAGGAAGAAAAAUCAGAUGCUGCUGCUGCUGAAGAAGCGAAGCCGGCCGAAGGGAAGAAAGAGGACGGCGAGGGUAAAGAGCCGCCGCCGGAGGAGGAGAAGAAAGACGACGGCGGAGCGGCGGCGGCGGAGGAAGGCGGUGAAUCGAAAGAGGAGGUGAAGAUUUUGGAGGAGCAAUCGAUGCAUAAAAUGAUGUACCGCCAUUAUUAUCAGCCGGUUUAUAUGAUCGAAAGAAUUCCGGCGCCACAGCUUUUCUCCGACGAAAACCCUAAUGCGUGUACCGUUAUGUAAAAAAUGAAAAUUAAAAAAAUAUAUUGCUAAUUAUUUGAUCAAUAUAUUAUUAAUUUGAUCAAUAUAAUGAUUAAUGCAAUACUAUCUUAUUUCUCGUUAUAUAAAAUUAGUAUAUCAUUAUAUUAUUAAUUUCUUUCAAUUA